GCUGUACUUUCUCCUCCUCAGUUCGGCCAUCCUGCACUACCUGAGUCAGAAAUACAACACUCCAGCUCACUGGUAUCCUCCAGAUCUGCAGGCCCGGGCACGGGUGGAGGAAUAUCUGUCCUGGCAUGCCGACUCUAUUCGAGGAACUUUUGGUACAAUGCUAUGGAUUCAGGUGCUUGGCCCGCUUGUUGAUGUCCACGUGCCCAAGGAGAAAGUGGACAGAAACAUAGCCUUCAUGACCCAGCUCCUGCAACAUCUGGAGCAGAAGUUCCUGCAGGACAAGCCUUUCCUCGCUGGUGACCACAUCUCCUUCGCGGAUCUGAUGGCGCUAGAGGAGCUGAUGCAGACCGUCUAUGCUGGUCAUGAUGUCUUCAAAGGGCGGCCCAAGCUGGCAGCUUGGCGUGGGCGGGUGGAGGCCACCUUGGGGGAAAAGCUGUACCAAGAGACCCGGGAAGCCAUCCAUAAACUCUGUACAGAUCCUAGUGCCUUCAAGGACAUCCCUUCAGCCAUGCAGGAAAGGAUGAAGUUACGUCUCAUGAAGAUCCCCUAAUCCAAGACAUUCCCAAACAAUGCUGUCUGUACUCUGGCCUACCUCCUUCCUCUUCAUCCUCACUCCAGAUCCUGGAUCCUGCCCCUGGGGCAUGGGACUCUGAUGAACUCUCUCCAGAGCUUCAUUACACUUUCCAACUAUUUCCAAACUAUAUGGUUUCAUGUAUUUUACCCCCACCUCAUGGCCUAAUUCCCCUUUUUACCCUCCCAUUAGUGCAUAAAUUUGUUGAUGUCUGGGACAGUCUUGUUUGCUUACUUUUGUAAUCCAAGCAUUUAGCAUAGUGCCUGAUGUAUAGGAAAACCGAAUAAAUGCUUUUUUGAUUCAUUUGUUUAUUCCUCUAUUCAUUAAUUCUUUUCUCUCUUUAUAAUGUAUAGAAAUAAACAAUUUCAUUGAUUAAUCACUCAA